GUACAGAGUGACGCACAGACUUCAGCUACAUCUCGAGAGGUUAUCAUUGUCCUUCACAAACUGAAAUGCAUUACUUGAAGAGUUUGGCCAUGACUCGAUUUUGUCUACUUCUUCUGCUGCCAACAGCAUUAGGUGGUACCUCAAAGUUAGACAUUGUCUCCCUAAGUGGACAGAAGUAUGUUCACCAUGGAGAAAACAUCAGUCUGAAUUGCUCUUUUUCAUCCUCUGAAGCUUCAACGACUGCAUGGCUCAAACAGACUCCAGGGGAAAAGCCUCUUCUCAUCGCCUCUGCUUAUUAUUCCAGACCAGCUGCAUAUUAUAAUGGCUUUGACAAGAGUGGCCGCUUUAAUGUGUUCAAAGAAAAAGACAGUUUUAAUCUGAGGAUCUCAAAUGCAGAACCAUCUGAUUCAGCAACAUAUUACUGUUCUGUUACAUAUUAUGCAGAUACUGCAUUAGCAGACUGGACUGUUUUAGUGCUCAAAGGUUCAUCUACAAGUCUCUCUGCUGUUCUCCAGCCUCCUGUAUCAGAUCCUGUUGGACUAGGAGGAGAUACAACUUUGCAGUGUUCAAUACUCACAGAUACGUCUGCAGGAGAACACAGUGUGUACUGGUUCAGACAUGGAUCAGGAGAAUCUCAUCCAGGAAUCAUCUACAUUCAUCCACACAGCAGAGAUGAGUGUAAGAAAAGCUCUGAGACUGAUUCUCCUACACAGAGCUGUGUCUACAAACUCCCCAAGAGAAACCUCAGCCUCUCUGAUGCUGGAACUUACUACUGUGCUGUGCUCAUGUGUGGAGAGAUCAUCUUUGGGAACGGAACUAACCUGGACAUUGUAGUGAACAGUGGUUUGUACCCAACCAUUUGGGCUUUAGCAGCAUCAAACAUUCUAUCUGUAGCUGUGACUUUAUUUAUGUGCAGAAAAUCACACAUCUGUCAACAUAAAGAUGCUGCUGAAGGUCACAGUGUUCAUAUAGGCCAGGCUGCAUGCAAUGAAGCUUUGUACUUUGCUGCAGGGAAUGUCGGCAAUGAAGCAUUAUCCUUCAGAGGGACUAGAAAGGUGUCUAAAGACUCUGAAGUGUGCUCCCAGGUCAUAUAUUACCAACAAAACUGAACUUUCUAAGGCUAACAAAAAUCCCUUCCCUUUGUUACUUAGGGAAUUUUGCUGACUGACCGGUAACAAGCUUAAUACAUUUCUUAUGAUGUCACAUUUUCUAGUUAACUGAGUAAAGUACUAUUUUAAAAUGUAUUUUUUAUUUUCAUUUACUGUAAAAAGGAAUUAU